AUGCUUCCCUGUUCGAACAUCUCCGACAACAUAUGCAAAAUCGGCAAUCGAUGUCUCGAAUCCUUAGGCUUCAAGUCAAAACCAAGACCUAAGCUAGAGAUCAGCUCCCCUUUUAACUUCAAAGAAGGACCAGCAAUUCACUUCCCCGGUUACAGCGAAGACGACAUCUCACUCAUGCGCGAGAAAGCCAUUGCCUCAACGGCUAUCGUCGAAGCUGAGGACGGAGACCUCGAACAAUUCGAACAAUACGACCUCUCGAGACGCGAUGGUGCUCGAUCGAGAGCUAGCUCUUACAGCUGUGGAUUUGGAGGACGGGUCAUAUCUCAUGCUCGAAGGGUUAGCAGGGGUCGUUCACAUUGA